ACUGAAGCUUCGGCCUGGGACAGGGGGAUGGGCUUGGAGCCCUGGAAGGCUUUGUCUAGUGGAUCCCCCUGUGCUUUCAGGAGAGUGAGGCCAAGGACCAGCAGAGUCAACACUUGCUUCAAGUUCCCGGGCCUGCUAACGACGUACAGGAUGCUGAUGGCAUCUGGCAGAAGCUGCUGUGCCCUGGCCAUCCUGCUGGUGUUUGUGGACAUCCAACCUGGUGGAUGCAUAAACAUCACCAGCUCAGCUUCCCAGGAGGGAAAGCGACUAACCUUAAUCUGUACUGUGUGGCAUAAGAAAGAAGAGGCUGAGGGGUUUAUAGUGUUUUUGUGCAAGGACAGGCCUACGAACUGUUCCCCAGAGACCAGCUUGGAAUAGCUGAGACUUAAACGUGAUCCUGGUGAGGGUGAAAAAUCAUCUCGGUUGGUGUUCACCAUAAACCAAGCCACACCGUUGGACAGUGGGACCUACCAGUGUUGUGCCCAAAGUCAGAAGUCAGAUAUCCGUCUUCAGGGCCAUUUUUUCUCCAUUCUUGUCACAGAGACAGGGAACUACACAGUGACACGACUGAAACAAAGACAACACUCCCAGUUCAGCCAUAGUGAAGGCAAUCUCAGUUCAGAUUUCCUACAAGCAAAAGUUUGGGUGAUGCUGGUCACCAGCCUGGUGGCCCAAGCUUUGUAAGCCUUGUGCCAAAAGAAACUUUUAAAAAAAAAGCUACAGCAAGAUACAUCUGGCACUAGCUUGGUAUCUUUCUCAUUACAAUAUGCACAGAGACAAAAGAAACAGGACACAGAGAAAGAAAUGCUAAAUAUGCCAAGAAUCUGGGGAAAUAAAAGCUGGGGCAAAUCAGCUGUACUCCUUGACCUUCUCUCCUCAUUGUCAGAGCAUACCUGCCUUCCUCCCUCUUCAGCACCAGUAAAUAAAAUGAGCAGCUUUCACAGAAGUGGCUGGUGUAUAGUUUUCAAAUAUUGGAUAUGCAUGUGCAUUUUUGUACCCCAGAACAACUUUUCCUCCCUCCCCCUCCAACACAGUAAAAUUAGCAAGUCAAACAGAAUGAGAACACCAAUUUUUCUGAAAGAAAUUUUUAUUUAACACUGUAAAGGAAAAAGAGAAGAAACAAGCAAAGAUAAGUAGAAGAAAAGAGCCAAACCCAGUGACUGACUUGGCAUGAAAAUGAGAAAACAAAGACAGACAUGGUGUUCAACAACAUCCACACAGAACUGCUGGAGGAGGAAAAAGAUUUGUGCUGUCCAAGUGCACCACAGAUUAAAACCGUCCGGCUUCAACUAA